AAAACAUCUAGUCUGAAGAUGAAUCUGGAAUAUCUUCCAAAAGAAGGCAUGGCAGGCUGUGGUUUGCUCUGGGACAGCUCUUCUCUCUGCCUGGUUUUGAGCCAUCAUAAAGCAGGAAUCCCAGUCCUGGAACCAGCUGAAUCAAGAGAAGAGAGCAGCAAGGAAAUGAAGAUACAGUAAUUGUCAGGCAAUUCAUAUAAUUUGGAGGAAUUUAGAUAGGAGCCACCUCUGCAUAUCAGGCCAUGGCCCAGAAACCUCAGGGAUGAUUCUGAACUGGCACCGCUCCUGGAGAGUGUGUUUGGCACCCAGAGCAACUCUGCUAUACUUGCUCCACAGGGAUAGUUGAAGUUGGACCUCCAAAGAUUUCAAGUUUCAGACAGGAAUGCCAUGUUUCUCAUCACUGCAAGGAAGUCCUCAAAACCUGCACAGUUUUCAGGCAUUCACCUCUGAAGUAUGUAAUCAUGUUGCAUUCCUGCAUCAAUAGUGAUUGACUAAGCCACUUGCAGUUGGAAGCAGACAAGACUCAAAUAAUGAAUCAUACAGAGAGAGAAAGGGCAGCAGCCUUGGGAAAGAAAGAUCCCAAGGCCAGAACAUUGGAGGAAUGGAAUUAAAAGGAUAGAGGAAACAGCAAGAAAGGCCCCAGUUUGUCUGGCUCAUUCUCUCUAUUAUACUCUUGCCUCGUCUUGGAAGAAUGAACUGUUCUUAUUUGUGUGACUCAAAGGGGCCUCAAGAAUUAUCUGGAGGAGUGUUUUACUCAUUAUUGAAGAAUGUACUUGAAACAAGAGUUUGAUGUCUUAUUGUGAUUUUCUUAUGCAUGUUAUAACUCUAACAGCCCUCAUCUCCCGACCUGGAUGUCUAGUUUCUGAAGAUGGGUUACCUGAACCAAGAAAGUGGCGACCAUUGAUGUAUAGGAAAUGCACAGAUCCCGUUUGGCUGAUAAUAUUCUUUCUCUUUUGGUCAGGUUUAAUGUUCAUAACUGGCUACGCCGUAACGGCUGGAGCUGCAGAAAGACUUAUAUUUGGCUAUGACAGCUAUGGAAACGUAUGUGGUCGAAAAAAUUCUCCAGUGGUAGGUGCACCUUUGUCAGGACAAGAUAUGAGAAACAAAAAAUAUGUGUUCUUUUUGAAUUCAUGUGGUUCGGAAAUAAACAAUCUUAAAAUCAAUUCAGUUGCAUUGUGUGUAUCAAGUUGUCCACAAGAGCAGCUCAUCUCCUUGGAAGACAUUCAACUUUUUGCAGAUAAUAAUGGUUCUUGCCUUUGCAUUUACAAUUUGAAUGUUAGCAGCUGCACACACAAUUCCAAAGCUACUGGACUUUGUCCUGCCUUACCAGUUCCACCAAGCUCAUCUUUCCCAUUGUUUAAUCGAUGUGUUCCACAAAAUGCUGAGUGCUAUUCGCAGUUUGCGUCUGUGCUGAUUGAUAUGGUUAAUGAAGUGGACAUUUUUCACCGUGUUCUUGGUGGACUAAUGGCCGGAAGAGAUACUGUAAUAGGAUUAUGCAUCCUUGCACUUGUCUUCUCUAUAGUAAUGAUGUUAGUCUUCAAAUUCAUCAGUGUGCUUCUCAUCCGUAUAUUCCUUACACUCCUUGUAUUUGGAUUAUUAUUUGUUUCAGGAGUCAUGUGGUGGCUGUAUUAUAAUUACACCAGUGAGCCCAGCAUAGAAUUAGAAACUGAAAAGGAAAAUAUGAAAUUAUUAUUUGGACUUUCUAUUUUCUCUACAAUUAUCACGGUUGUUUUAGUUUUCCUGAUGCUGGUAUUAAGGAAGAGGAUUCACCUGACUAUACAGCUAUUCCAGGUUGCCAAUAAAAUAAUUGGCAAUGUUCCUUCUCUAUUUUUGCAGCCUCUUUGGACUUUCAUAAUACUUAUUUUGUACUGGGUGUACUGGGUGGCUGUGUUACUUAGCUUAGGAACUGCAGGGAACGCUCAAGUCAUUUCAGGAGGGCAAGUGGAAUACAGAUUUCGAUUUGGCAUUCGCUAUAUGUGGUGGUACCACUUAGUUGGACUUAUUUGGACAAGUGAGUUCAUUCUAGCAUGUCAGCAGAUGACCGUGGCAGGAACAGUGGUUGCUUGCUUCUUCAGUCGAAAUAAGAGUAAACUAUCAAGUCAUCCACUCCUGUCUUCCAUAUCAAUUCUUUUUUGUUAUCAUCUGGGAACAGUUGUGAAAGGGUCCCUUUUAAUCACAGUAGUGAGAAUCCCAAGGAUCAUUCUGUUGUCUCUGUAUAACAUCCUCAAAGAAAAGGAGAAUGCAUGUGCAAGGUGCAUGUUCAAAUGCUGUUUUUGCUGUUUCUGGUGCCUAGAAAGAGGCCUAAGAUACUUUAACCAGAAUGCAUACACAGCAACAGCCAUAAAUGGGACAAACUUCUGUACCUCAGCCAAAGAUGCUGUCUUUAUUUUAUCAAAGAAUCCAGCUGAGACCACAGCAAUCAACUGCUUCAGUGACUUUAUCGUCUUUCUAGGAAAGGUGUUUGUGGUGUGUUUCACAGUAUUUGGAGGCUUGAUGGCAUUCAACUACCACCGUGAACUACAUGUUUGGGUAGUUCCAUUGCUGCUGCUAACCUUUUUGGCUUAUCUCGUGGCCCACAGCUUCUUAUCUGUAUUUCAAACAAUAGUGGAUGUCCUGUUCCUUUGCUUUGCUGUUGAUAAAGAAACAAAUGAUGGGUCUGCAGAGAAGCCAUAUUUUAUGGACCAAGAAUUAAUGAAUUUUGUGUAUCAGAGUAGCAAGCUUGAAAAGGAGAUCAAGCAAAGAAAUAAGAAGACCUUGCAUAACAGUGAAUAUGGCACAGAACUCCAGCCCAUGACCAGAACUUGAGAUGGCUUUAACACCAUGCACAGCAAGACAAAACAAAGUGAAGGUUGCCAGUGCUUUGAAGAAACAGCCAGAGCCGAUUUGUAUUUUUUUUGCACUAGAAGAGACAAUUGAACCCAUUGUCUUUUUUUU